GACAAUGUCAAAACAAUAAGAUGAACUAGACAGAUACUUCUAGAGUUAUGAAAACUGAACAUUUAGAUAACUCUAUUGAGAGUAUACAGAAAGAAGCAAAUAGAAAAAAAUUCUCGUUGAGUAUUAUUUCAUUGCCAGAUUUAGUCCCAUGGAAUGUUUUUAUUUUGAUUACAACAAUUCUCAACUACAUUUUGGUAACGAUAAAUAUCAGUUUCUAUGAAGAUGAAGACUUGAAUUUUUUACCGUUUUAUUUGAUAUUUGAUACUAUUUACUUAGCUAACUGCAUCAUGUUGAUCGCUCAUAGAAUUUUAAAAAUUCCACAUGUAACGUAUACAAAAACGAUUGUUCCCAUUAUUGCAAUAGAUAUGUUGUCAAUAUUGCUGCAAGUAUCACUUCUAUUGCCGUUUAUCGAUUCAAAUUAUAGGUAUUUAGUACCUUUAAUUAGAAUCAGUACAUUCUCAAGACUUAGGCAUUUGGAUAUUUUUAAUAAAGUUGCAAAAAGGAUAAUAGACCAUCGUACAGUCUGGUUCAUCAUUCAAUAUAUAGUUUAUUUCGGUCUUAUAAUGCAUAGUAUAAUUUGUAUGUGGUAUUUAACAGAUUAUGAGGGUAAUUACGCUUUAAAGCCGUUAAAUUUGUAUUUAUAUUACGUAUAUAGUUCUAUUCAAAUAUUACUCAAUAUUGGUUAUGGCGACGUGUUUCCAAUGAAAUUCGAACAUCUGCAUGUGUUUUUUAUUAUGUUUAUAAUUGGACAGAUACUCAUCAUUUGGCUGAUUACCAAUGUAGCAUGGUUGAUUAUCAAUAAUAAUUUCUACCAAUUUGAUACAUUUCGAAGCAUAGAAAACGUGAAAAAAUAUGUCAAUGAUAGCGAUGAAAUUACAAAAUGGAUUACUGUCCGAUAUUACACAUUGAAACAGUGCAAGUUCUUGGAAAAUAUUACGCUUUUAAAAUGUCUACCUCCAACUUUAUCACAAGACAUCGAUUACGAUUUGAAUUGUGGACUAUUACAUAGAUCCCUAUUACUUAACAAUCUACCAGAAUAUGUACUGAGGAAGAUCUCUUCAGCUAUGAAAACUAUUAUAUUGCCUGCCGGUGAAAGCGUUUAUUACCAAUUUGUUGUGAAAAGUUGUAUGGUCUGUAUAGAAAAUGGAAUUUUAAAAGUUCUCAGUAAUGAGGACGAAGAAAGUCCUAUAGUUUACUUUCGGAAAGGGACAAUUUUAGGAGAAACAGCUUUAUUUUUAAAUAUACCGUCGAAAGCAACGGUGACGGCAGCAGAAAACACUGAAUUAAGAGUUUUAGAAAAGCAAGAUUUCAUGAAUGUUAUGUCGCAUUUCCCAUACUAUCUCAAACAAUUACAAACUAAUAUAAAACUACGACUAAUUGCAAUAAAUCAACGAGGAAAGAAUUCGAAAAAUCGUAUUUCCAGUUUAAAAAAAAUUAAAGAUCAGCUUUAUGACUAUUCAAAUAAUGAGAAUUUUGGAUGUUUCCAUGAAUUAUAUAAAUUGCAUUCGCCUAUUUACCGAAAUGUUAUUUCGGACGAAACUGUCCUGUGGCUCAAGAUUUGGAGAUUAUUCAACAGUAUGGUUCAAGUAACAUUUUGUAGUGUGUAUCCGUACUAUGCAGUUUUUGAACAAAAUGUACCUUACUCCAUUUCGACGUUUGGCAUUUGUGCUGAUAUUGCAUGUUUAAUAGAUGUUAUGAUUAAUUGUAAAUUUUACACGAAUAUUGACGAAGGAGAAAAUAACAGUUUAUUACUUAUUUUGGAUAAGCAACUUGAUAAUUGGAAAUUCAAUUUUGAUAUAUUCUCUUUAUUUCCUAUGGAAAUAUGGUCAAAUGUAUUUUCAAAUCAAGUAAAAGCGGACAGAUUUUACGAUUUGCUCAAAUUCAAUCGUUUACUUAGAUUGCAUAGGCUAUCUGAUAUAAACGAAAUUUUAUUUGGACAUGUUCACUCCUCUUUGGCAAAGAAAGCAGUCAAUACUUUGUUAUAUAUGAUAGGAGCUUCAUAUUAUUCUUGCUGUAUACUUUAUAUCAGUUCAUGUAUUUAUGUCACUUGUGAUGAUAAUGGCUGGUAUAUUUUAAAUUCUACAGAGUCUUACCCCGAUAUUCAAGAUCCUAGAAGAGCUCUAAUUUUAUCAUUUUAUUUCGCUAUAAGUACCGUUUUCUAUACAGGCAUAGGAGAUUUUCUACCUAAGGCUCCAAGUGACUUCAUAUUUAUCACUAUCAUCGUAGUAAUAUUUUUGUUUUUAAAAUGUUAUUGGUUAGGACAAUUAAUAGCUCUCGGAUUUUUAAAUACCGUCUGCAAUGGAUACAUCGAGACGAAGUGGUUUCUAAAAAAUUUUUCAGAUUUUUAUCACAUCAGAAGCAACACGAAAAAGAAAAUCAUCAGCUAUUUAAAGAUAAACCCAUGGUUCUAUAGAGAGAAAACUAAAAAGUACAUUCAAGAAUCUGCGAUAAAUUCUUUAGAUACGCUCAUUCAAAUAUCUGGCGUGAGCGCAUUACACGAUAGUUCGUUUUUUAAAAAUAUGGAUAGUUAUUUUCUUGCAUUGAUUGAAAAAGAAGUAAAAUGUUGGCUGCUUCCAAAUAACGAGAUAUUAUACCCAUACGGCGAUCCAACAAGAACAAUGUUCAUAAUACAAGAAGGUUUCUGCAAAAUGUAUGACUCAAACCAUACAUUAGAAUGUACCGUAGGUCCUGGUAAACAUUUAGGACUUUUGGAAACGAUCUAUUGUUUACCAAAGAAACAUACAGUUAUCGCAUCCACCGAUUGUAAAUUGAUAUGCAUAGAGUAUGCAAUAUUAGAUCGCAUCUUAAGGAUUUUUCCCAAAGAAUUAUAUUUUUUGGAGAAAACAAAAUACGAUAACCAGAUUUUAGAAAGAGUAGAAAAAUUAGAAUUGAUCGAAGUCGAGCCCCAAGUGAUUGAAGAAACAGAAGUAGAAGAAGAUGGUUUUUUUAACAUAACGAAAAUAUGGCCUGACUAUUUUGAAGUAUACAGAAGCAAACUGGGUCCAUUUUGGUUUCUAAGCUUCAUAUUUUUGCCAGCUACAAUCAAUCCUGAAGGACUUUUUAUUAAAGUGUGGUGCGUUUUAAGAGCUGUACUGAUCAGUUUACAAACAGUUGUUCUGAUAUUGGUAAUCAGUUUGCCUCCCUUUGCUUACGAAAUUAAUUGGAUUGAAUUUGCUUCUCAACUAUCAUUAUAUCUUGAUAUGUACUUGAGCCUUCACAUGGGAUACUACGACGGCAAUGGAAUGCUAAAAGUACAUCCAGCUUAUACAGCCUGGCACUAUCUAAGCAACGCUUUUCUACUGGAUCUGAUAGCGGCGAUUCCGUGGCAAAUUAUUAUGUUUCAUAUUUAUCCAGACCAUUAUGAAAAUAACCAUAUCGACAAUAUAUUUCCUCACUACUCGUACUGUUCGUGGAAUCUCGUUAAACUGAUUCAAUUCUAUAAAGUCCUCAAGUGUUUGAACUAUUUUCAAAAUCGAAACUUUAUGUCCAUCACUGCAGUAAAAAUUUUCAAAUUUUUGUUUUGUUCAAUUAUCGUUACACUUUUAUUGAGCAGUGUUGGAAUAAGUUAUAUUUGUCAAUAUAAAUUGGAUCAAAAUAUUUCAAAUACAAUAUUCGUGAAUGAAGAUGGAGUUCCCAUCACAGGCGUUAUUCAUUGUCAAUCUGGAUUUUUGAAAGAAGCUUGGAUGAACGAUACGUUUCCAGAUGUAAACGAAAUCUACACAACUGGAAUUUACUUUAUUACGAACUUAGUAACAAGCACUGCUAUUGGUGAUAUCAUAGCUACUACAAAUUUUAUGAAAAUUGGGACGAGCUUUAUCAUAAUAAUUGGAUUCUUUUUAUUUACGAUGAUCACUGUUGUGAUAUGCGUUGUUGUGAUGACCGAAGCAGAAGAAACUCUAAACUUUCGUGAAAAUGUGAAUAACUUGUCUAGGUUUUUGGACAAAAAUAAUAUUCAUUUUGCAUUGAAGACACAGGUAAUGAAUCAAUUUGAUUUGAUUUGGAAUCGGUCAAAAGGUUUUAAUAUAAAUGCUCACGAAAAUGUCUACAACGAGGCAUAUUUUCGAGACGUACUUUUAAUGCAAAGAAAUAGAGUACUACAAAACAGCAUACCCAUUUUUCCUAAUUUGGGUGAGAACUAUUUGAAGAUUAUAUUCGGACAUUUUAAAGUGAUUUUCAUUCAAAAAGGUGAUUCAAUUAUCAGGUACAAAGACAUCAUUUCUGAUAUAUUCAUAAUCGUGUCUGGUCAAGUAGACAUUUUUGAUAAAAAUUACGAACAUAUCGAAACUCUUGGUUCCGCCGGCGUAUUCGGAAAUAUCCGCAAAUCUAUUUAUAGUUUAAGUACGGUUCAUGUAGAAGCUAAAAGAAACGUUGAACUAUGGAUUUUUAAUACGGAAAAGUUUUUACAUACCGUAAAGUACUAUCCAAUAAUAAGGCAAGAUCUGGAAACUUAUUUCAACAAUGUUCCCAGUUAUUUGGCACCGACACCUUCGCGCCAGUUCGAGUUUUUUAGUGCUGCCAAAGAAGACAUCGAUGAAUUAGAAUCUGACGAAGAAUCAUCCAUGAGACGACCUUCAAGCAUGUUUUUGUCCAAGUACACAGCCUUUCAAUUACUUAUUCCAACUAAAUGGAUGAAAUUCACGAUUCAAACAGAUCAUAAAAUUUUUAAAGUAACGGAUUUCCUCACUUUUAUUGCAAGUUUAAUAAAUAUUUAUAUAAUCCCCUACAUAUUCACCACACAAUAUAACGGGGUUUUAGGAUACAUUUACUUGGGCUUGGAACCAAUAUUUAUUUUUCGAAUCUUCCUAAAACUGCAUAAAGCUCACAUCAACUAUUACGGAAACCUAAUAUCGACUAACUCAAAAAUUUGGCAGAAAUAUUUGAACAAACCAAUGGAUAUGUUCUGGGAUAUUAUUCCCAACCUACCUGUGGAGCUGAUUUGGUUCACUUUUCCAAUAGAGGAUAGGCUCUUUUAUUUCAGCUGCUUCAGGCUUUUUCAUUUAUUGCGGUUUUAUUAUAUCACUAAAUAUUUAAAUUCGCAUCUCAAAAAGUUUAGAAGGAAAACGUGCUGGUAUUUAAUAAAUCUGUUGAUUCAUUACAGUAUUUUAGUACACUAUUUGGCUUGUAUAUGGUUUAUGUUGGCCUGUCCCUUUAAUAAAUGCAGUAAUAACUCAUGGCUGAAACAUUUUAAUCGAGAGAACUUCGAACAAUAUAGUAACUAUAAGUUACUAUUAUCUUACUACUAUGUACUUAAUAUUCUCACUACAACUGGUAUUGGAGAUGUAAGUCCGGUAACUUACUGGGAGAUGGUCUUCACCUUGAUAACUUUACUUAUAGGGAAAAUUGUAUUAGCAUUGGCUAUAGGUACAGUUCUGAAGAUGAUUUAUAUUUCAGAAAGAAGUCUUCUCACAUUUAAUACGAAAUAUAAUUUACUUAAAACUUUCUUAAAAGAUAAAGAUGUUUCAGAUUAUCCUUUGAAAAAAACAUGUUUAUACCUAAAAAAUUUGUGGAGUUAUUCCGAAGGGUACAUUGAAUGGAAAAUUUUGGAGAAUUUGUCAUUUCCUUUACAACAAGACCUUACCGGUGCUCUUUAUGGUAGGCAGUUGAGGGAAACAUUUCUAUUCAAGGAUGUAGACCAAAGUCUUUUGUUACAAAUUUGCACCAAAUUAAAACGAACUAUAUACUUCAAAGAUGAUUACAUUGUUAAAACAGGUGAAGUUAAUUCCACCAUGUACUUUAUCUACAAAGGCGAUGUUAGUGUUAUUUCAAAACAUACAGAUCACUUAGAAACAAAACAUGUUGAACUCCAUACUAAAGAUAUAUUUGGCGUGUCUCAAGGAUUGAACCUCGAGGAAUACCACAAUUUCUCUUACAGAACAGUAACUCCAGUAGCAGAAGUACUAACGUUAAAAUAUGAUGAUUGGUCGUAUUUGUUGCAAUUUUUUCCACGCGAGAAAAAACAGAUAUUUAAUAGAGUGAAUAAAGAGUAUAAGUUUAAAUAAAUAUGAAACCAUACUUUGAGAUUCUCGUGGGGCGAACAAAUAACAGAAAAAGGAACAAUUUUAAUAACAUAUAAAAAAGUAGACCACACCGAUGUCUAUGUCUAUAAAUGAGGAAGAGCUAAUAUCAUUUUCGGGAAUAACGGCUUGGAUCACUGAAGAUAUUCUUAACCUAAUUGGUUACUAUUAUUGUAAUUUAAUUAUUGUAAAUAUAGAAUCGAAGAAACCCAGACAAA